AUGCUCACGAGCACGUUUGCGCGAUCUUCACGCUCCAUCCGUCCUACACUCAGAGUCCCAACACUAUACCUGAGGGGAUCACGAAAUGUAUCGACAUUGCCAGAGAACCCCCACAUUUUUGUCCACAAAGACCCCUUCGACCCCACAAGGUCGCUCCUCUCGCUUCUGCCCACCACACCUCCAACACGUCAACUCGCCAUAGGAACCGCCAGCUCUCUCCCUGCGACCCCGCAAAACUUCACCUCGAACCCGCAGUUCGUGCCGCUCCUAUCGUCCAUCCUGGCCGAACACGCCGCCGAGGACCCCAUGGUGCAGGGACAGGCAGCCGCCUUUGCCAGCCCCGGAGGCUUUACGCUGUCGCGCCCGAACGAUGGCGCGGGCGGCGCGAGCCAUCAGGGCGGCGCAGGAGGCGGCAACGUGGGCGGUUGGAUACACGUUAGCGAUAUGCGGAAUCCGCCAGACUACGGGCGGAUAGCGUGGCCCGAGGACAUCCUUGGGAGUCUGGAGGUGGAUGGGAGUGGCAAGAUUAUUGAGGGCAGUUGGCAGAACAGUGGAAGCUACAGGAUUGUGACGAGAGAGGGGAUUCUGGGGUUGACGGACUAUCUGAGGGGGAAGGUUGUCAUGAGGUUAAGGGAGUUGGAGGAGCAGAUCAACAACAACUCCAAGUAG